GUCAUAACGUCAUAUGUAUUAAACUAUUAGCGUUAAAAGUGUAGCAGAAACUAUAAUAAUAUUGAGUCGUAAGAACAAUAUCGUUAUCAGUCCUAAUCUAAUAAUUAUUUUGUGACCAAACCGAAGUUGGCAAGUAAGAAGUAACUGGCUCUUGUUUGAGUGUUUUGCUCUUGUCUCGAUCGUUGUUACUUGUCAUUGUCUAAACGACAUCCUUGGUGCUCAGUAUACAGUGAAACAUUUUAGUGAUAUAAUCCGAAGAUUUUUCAAUGAAUGCGAAUAUUAACAACAAAGAUGUUUGUUUCAAAUAUAUUUUAAAUAUAUCCAAUGCUUCAUUUAAAUUUGAAACAUUUUAAACACUGGGUUUAUAAAAUCGAGUUCUUAUUUAAUAGAUUUAAACAUCCUAAACAAAUAUUAAUGAAUAAGUUAAUUGACAUAAAAAAAUAUGAACAACAAGCUGUCUCUUUGGCUGUUAAAUUAAUUAAUGAAGGUAGUGUUGUUGCACUUCCAACUGACACUGUAUAUGGUCUAGCAACUGAUGCACAAAAUCCAAGUGCUAUAGGCAAACUAUACAAUAUCAAAGGGCGCAAUCUUCAAAAACCAAUUGCUAUAUGUACUCAUCAUGUAAAUGAUAUUGGAAAUUGGGGCGAAAUUGGUCACUUGCCUUUUGGUCUUUUAGAUUCACUAUUGCCUGGGCCUGUAACAGUCAUACUACAAAGAACACCAUCUCUAAAUUUUGCAUUAAAUCCUGAGGAAUCAAAUAUUGCUAUAAGAGUGCCAAACAGUGGCUUUGUUUGUAAUAUUGUGAGUGAUUUGAAGAAACCAAUUGCUCUAACUAGUGCUAACGAGAGCAACAAACCCAGUACAUUAAAACCAAUAGAAUUUUUAAUUUUGUGGCCUAAAUUAGAUGCUAUUUUUGAUGGUGGUGCAAUUGGCUCUUCAUUAGAAUCACGUCAAGGUUCCACAAUAAUUGACUUAACUAUUGAUAAUCGCUUUAGAGUAAUAAGAACAGGAUCUGCUCUUUUAAAUACAAUACAAAAACUACACCAAUUUGGUUUAAAGGAAUUAUAAUGAAUAAAUUAUUAAGAAAAAUUAU